ACCAAUGUUUGCUGCUUCUCUUUCCUCUUGUCUUUCAGCGAGCUAUGGCCAGCCUGUCCAACUACGCCGUACGUAUGGCGCGUCUCAGUGCACGUAUCUUUGGGGAUGUGGCGCGUCCUACGGACAACAAGUCCAUGAAGGUGGUCCAGCUGUUCAAGGAGCCGCCCAUGGCCCAGAAAAAGGAGGUGUACGACUGGUACCCUCAACACAAGAUCUACUAUGCCCUUACGCAGAAGCUACGAUACAUGGGACUCUUCAGAGAUGAACACGAGGACUUCAAGGAGGAGAUGCGUCGGCUGAGGAAACUGAGAGGCAAAGGGAAACCCAAGAAGGGCGAAGGAAAGAGAGCCACCAAGAAGAAAUGAGCACUUCCUUUCCCUGUCCUAUAGGACCUGUGGAUAAACCCAGCCCUGCCCUGUCAUAUAGGACCUGUGGAGAAACCCAGCCCUGCCCUGUCCUAUAUGACCUGUGGAUAAACCCAGCCCUGCCCUGUCCUAUAGGACCUGUUGAUAAACCCAGCCCUGCCCUCUCAUAUAGGACCUGUGGAUAAACCCAGCCUUGCCCUCUCAUAUAGGACCUGUGGAUAAACCCAGCCUUGCCCUGUCACAUAGGACCUGUGGAUAAACCCAGCCCUGCCCUGUCAUAUAGGACCUGUGGAUAAACCCAGCCUUGCCAUCUCAUAUAGGACCUGUGGAUAAACCUAGCCUUUCCCUGUCAUAUAGGACCUGUGGAUAAACCCAGCCUUGCCCUGUCAUAUAGGACCUGUGGAUAAACCCAGUCUUGCCCUGUCAUAUAGGACCUGUGGAUAAACCCAGUCUUGCCCUGUCAUAUAGGACCUGUGGAUAAACCCAGCCUUUCCCUGUCAUAUAGGACCUGUGGAUAAACCCAGUCUUGCCCUGUCAUAUAGGACCUGUGGAUAAACCCAGCCUUGCCCUGUCAUAUAGGACCUGUCGAUAAACCCAGUCUUGCCCUGUCAUAUAGGACCUGUGGAUAAACCCAGUCUUGCCCUGUCAUAUAGGACCUGUGGAUAAACCCAGCCUUUCCCUGUCAUAUAGGACCUGUGGAUAAACCCAGCCUUGCCAUCUCAUAUAGGACCUGUGGAUAAACCUAGCCUUUCCCUGUCAUAUAGGACCUGUGGAUAAACCCAGCCUUGCCCUGU